AGGGAAAUUGAAAGGGUCCGUUGGAGAGCUAGUUGAUGGUUCUUCCUACUUUAGUUUUAAAGGAAUACCAUAUGCAACACCACCUCUUGGUAAUCUGAGGUUUAAGGCUCCUCUACCACCGAAAUCAUGGAGAGGCGUUCGCGAUGCGACAGACUUCGGUCCUAUUUGUACACAAUUCAAUUCGACAUACCAAGGUGAUGAGGACUGCUUGUUUCUAAACGUGUACACGAAAUCAUUAGACAAAAAUGCUAAAAUACCUGUUAUGGUAUACAUCCAUGGUGGUUCUUAUUACGAGGGCUCUGGGGAUUUCUUUACGCCGGAUUUCUUCUUGCAACACGAUGUAAUAUUAGUAACAUUGAACUAUAGACUGGAGUUGCUGGGUUUCUUAUCGUUAGAUAUACCAGAAGCGCCAGGUAAUGCUGGUAUGAAAGACCAAGUGGCGGCUCUGCGAUGGAUUCAAAAAAAUAUUGAUCAAUUCGGAGGUGACAAGAAUAGUGUUACUAUUUUUGGCGAAAGUUCAGGAGCAUCUUCGGUCACUUACCACAUGUUGUCACCUAUGUCGCAAGGUCUGUUUCACAAAGUGAUCGCUCAAAGUGGUGUUGCAAUUCACGAUUGGGCCAUUGGUAAAGGGUCAAAGGAGCGAGCGUUUCGUGCAGGAAAGAUUUUAGGAAAAGAUACGAAAGACGUCCACGAAUUGCUCGAUUUUUUCAAAAGCUUAGACGCGAAUUCUCUGACUAACCUUACUUUUGCGACCCUAACUCCAGACGAAAGAUAUAGAGGACUUCCAGAAAAGUUUGUACCUGUGGUCGAAAAGAAAUUUCCUAACGUGGAACCUUUCAUCACUGAAGACCCUUUGGAAGUACUCGUUAAGGGAAUUAAUAAUGUUAAUAAAGUCCCGCUCAUGCUUGGUUAUAACUCUGGUGAGGGUUUAAUAAUACUAAAUGAUCACAUCACGAAAUUGGACGUAUAUAAUAAAGAACCUUCGUAUUAUGUACCGAGGGAAGUAGCAGAAAGAGUUUCAAAAGAGAAAUUAAAAGAAUUCGGCGAUAGAAUCAAGAAAUUUUAUGUUGGAGACAGAAAUAUUACCGAAAAUGAUAAGAGUAUAAUCACGGAUAUGCAAACCGAUAUGCAUUUUUCGUUCAAUACGCAUAGAUUUGCGCAUUUGUACACUUAUAUGUGUGGAGUGUCCUACAUGUACAGGUUCAACUACGAGACAGACUUGAACAUCAUUAAAAUAGCUCUGGGUCUCCAGGAUCUAAGGGGAGUUAGCCAUGCCGAUGAACUAUUUUAUAUGUUCUACAAUUAUUUAAACGAAAUACCUUACGAUAAUGAAAAGAAAUUAAGAGACAUCGUGUUUCAAGUCACUAAACUAUGGACUAACUUCGCGAAAACUGGUCAACCAACACCUGAUGAGAGUUUAGGAGUGACAUGGCAACCCUACACUAGGGAAGGCAGGGAGUACCUCAAUAUCGGCGAACCGCUCGUAAUGGGUCGAUUCGCGGACAAGGAGCGAAUGCUCUUCUGGGACAAAAUAUAUGAGGAAGCCGGCGUUCAGCACUUGAAGCAUAUUUUCUUUCCUUAUCAAAUAAAGCAACACGAACCAUCUAUUACUAUUUUAAAUGAAAAUCUUUGUUUUAGUUAUAGCAAAGUAUAAAUAAUGAAUAUAUUAAUAAAACAAUUU